AUGCCCACUCCACCUAUUGCAAAGAAUUUUGAUGAUGCCACUGAAAUUAGUGCCGAUAGGUUCUAUUUUGUUGUUCCUUUGUCGUGGAGAGUGAAGCGCAUGCUUAACAUCGGCUCUGAAAAGUGUUUGAGGGAAGCGAUUAAAUUAGUGAAUGAAUUUGCCUUGGAUGUGGUGAGUAGUAGAAGGAAGGAGAUUUCGAAGAAUGGAGGACUCCCUGAAAGAGAGGAUCUGCUUUCUAGGUUCAUGGCGCCUCUUUUAAACAAUACUGAUGAAUUAGGGAUAGAUUAUCAGUCAGAAAGUGAGAAGCAAUCUAGUGAUACGAUGGAUACGUUUUUGAAGGAGAUGGUGGUGAGCUUUCUGUUGGCAGGCAGGGAUAUGACGUCGGCUGCUCUCACUUGGAUUUUCUGGCUGCUCUCUUCCCACCAGAGAGUAGAAGAAGCCAUUCACACUGAAAUUUUAAACAUCUUGUCUAAGAGAUUAGAAACCCCACCAGCUGAUGAAGAGGGGAUUUGUUUCAGCUUUGAACUGAAGGAUAUGCAAUAUCUGCAUGCAGCUCUGUGUGAGUCAAUGCGGCUAUACCCUCCAAUGCCCGGUGAUGCCAAACUUGCCUCCAAAGAUGAUAUUUUACCAGACGGGUUUUGUGUGAGGAAAGGAUGGAACAUGAGUUACAGUAGUUAUGCGAUGGGCAGGAUGGAAAAUAUUUGGGGUAGUGAUUGUUUGCUGUUCAAGCCUGAGAGAUGGUUAAAAAACGGGGAAUUUGUGGGAGAAAACCCGUAUAAAUUUCCUAUAUUUCAUGUUGGGCCUCGAGUAUGUCUGGGUAAAGAGAUGGCAUUCAUACAGAUGAAAUCAAUUGUGGCCUCUAUCAUUCAUAGUUUCCAUUUGUGA